AUGGGUAUUAAUUUUAAUUUAACUGGAUUGAAUUUGAGUGGAUUCAAAGGUGGAGAAAUGAUAAUUUCUGAAUUACGUAAAAUUCACUAUUUCAAAACAGGAAAGUUAAAAAGUUUAUGUUUAGGUGAAGGAAUUCCAUUUAAAAAUGAAAGAAUUGAUGAUGAAUUAUUGGAAAAUUUAGAAUCUCUACGUGUUGGUUGUAGAUAUGAGUUUAGUGAAUGUAUUCAACAAGUUUUGUUACCAAAUUUAAACAAUCAAUUAACUAGUCUUGAUUUGUCGAAUAAUUAUGGAUUGGAUACUAUUUUUACUUCUAAUAUUGUAAAGAAUUUAAAAGUUUUAAAAAUUAAUGAUUGUGGAAUUGUUUCUUUAGAUCUAGAAAAUCCAUUACCAAAUUUAACAGAAUUACAUUUAAAUAAUAAUAUUAGAUUGAACUAUAUUAAUAUCGGUGAUAAAUUAAGUAAUUUAAAGGUAUUGAAUCUUCAUAGAGCUGGUGAAUAUGUUCUUUUUAAUGAUCUAUCUUUACAAAAUGCCAAAUUAGAUCAAUUAACAGAAUUAGAUAUUGGCUGUAGCAAAUGUAAUGAUUCUAUAUUCAUUAAAAUUUUAGAGAAUUUACCAAAAUUGAAGAAAUUAGUUUUAUUUGGAACACCUAGUUCUGACAUGGUUUGUCAAUUCAUUUCUGAAAAUAAUGAACUUUUUAAAAAUUUACAAAGUUUGAAUUUAGGAAGAACUUUUUGCUCCUUUAAUUCAAUUAAUUUUCUAGCUAAAAGUUCAUUGAAAUUAUGUAGAUUAAUAUUAGAUAAUAUUAAAUUAAAUGAAGAAUCUUGUAAAGUUUUAAGUGAAAACGAAAAGGUAUUUGGAAAUUUAACUGAUUUAUCUUUGAGUUAUUGUGAAUUGACAGCAGAAUGUUUGAAAUAUUUAACUAAUUCACCAACACUUUCAAAAUUACAAGAAUUACAAUUAAAAUCAAAUCCCAUUGGAUCUGAAGGUUGUACUUAUUUGGCAACUAGUAAAUUUAUUACAAGAUUGACAUACUUAAAUUUAUGUAAUACUCAAUUAGAAGAGGAUAAUUGCUCUACUUUGGCUAAUUCUACCAAUUUCACAAGAAUUACAGAAUUGGAUAUUUCUGGUAAUGACAAUGUUUUUGAUUUUGAAAUAAUUCAAAAAAGUCAAAACUUUCCAAAUUUGCAAUUACUCGAAUACAAGCAUAAUUUUUUUGAAGAUCAAUCCAUGAGUCGUAAACAUCAAGUUAACAAUAAAUAA